GCAGAAUUUAGUUUAUAUAAUUCAUUGGUAAUACUACUAAUAGUAAUAAUACUGCUUUCAAGGAAGUUUAAAUUACUGCCAAUACUUAUCGUUAAAACAACAGAUAUCGUAAAACAUCUCUAAAGAAAACAACAUGCAAAGUAGUUAUGAUUCAAACAACGAAGAAUGCGGUUGGCCAAAUAAUAUGAAAAAUGCAUUAGAAUAUUGUAAUGAUUAUACAUAUUCUAACCGGGUUAAAUGUCCAACAUGCGAUUGUGGAUGCCUUCACUAUGAAACAAAUGCAAUCGGCAACGAUAGUAUUUGUAGCACUAUUAGUAGUAAAUUCCAAGAACAAGUAGACGCUUAUCGUGGUUACAUGGAAUUAUUUCAGCAACAGUGUUUAUGCGAAGUAACACAGAUGAGUAGGAUUGCACCAAUUCUACCACAUUAUUCAAUACAACAAACAGUGGAUCCAGCUAUAACAUGCCAGCCAGUUUGUUUUUCAGACCUACUCUCGUAUCAAUCAAUGUGUGAUUGUCAUCAACAAUUACAAAAACCGUUAAUUUGUGGAAGCUGUUCAAAUACUAGAUUACCAUGUCAAAAUCCGUUUCAGUCAAGAAUGAUUAUGUCACCGUUGGCACCAAGUGGGGCAGUAGCAACGUGUUGUAAUGGAUGCUCAUGUGCUCAUCUGCCAUCUCAUAUGUAUUGUACACAUUCUUCACCGAAGUGAUAUGAUAAUACCUUUCAGAAUUAUGUUGCGUAAUCUAUUGAUUCAUUUCUUUGUAUGUACAUACGCCUUUUGAAGAGGUACAUUUAACUCUUUGCGACAAAUUUUAUUUAAUUUUUCAUUGAUUUCCUGAUAAUUUGCAAUAUAUUCUUUCUUUUAUUGCUCA